AUGAAUUUCGACCCUCGGGCAUCUGUUUUAGAUGAGAUGACCACGGAAGCUCGUGGAAAACCUUCUUUACAGGGCACUACUUGUAUAUCGACCCCACCUCCACCUCCGCAGCGAAUGGCUAAACCCGAUGGAUCGGCGAAUUUCGCCAAUUAUGAGGCUGCCCCAUCGGAAACCGUGGGCACCUUUCGCGGUAGGUUUUUGUAUAUUUGCUUUUCAUGUUCCAACCAUUCGUAUUUCGAAGCAUUUUUGUGGUCGUGA